GUAUAACCAGCUAAUGUGCCAAGAAGCGAUUGUUUGCUUGACUGUAGCGUCAAAUUAAAUUGGUAAUAGGCAAAACACGAAAAUGAGUGAAAUACACCGCCUAAAAUCGCAAAUAGUUUCCCGAUUUUCGCUUGGAGGUUUUCAGAUUCGAAGUGAGGCCAGCACGUUUCUUGCCCAACAACUUCAGCCUCUUGACGACGCAGAACGCAAGAAAUGGAUCACGAAUGUGGCCAAUCAUGUGCAGGGGCAGUGUUUGAACCUUCCCGUUAUAGAAAAACAACACAUAGAACUGGCCAUCAAGGAAGCGAACAACACAGGAUUAGAUGAUACCGAGACGAUUUUCCGUGUCAUCAGUGCUUUCGAGGUGCCUUCAUUCGUGUACUGUGCGGAGAAAAAAAAGUUUCUGCCAGACACCAACAAGAGAAGUUUAUUGGCCACACCGGAUGGUAAGUCUAGCUACAUUCGCGAACGAUACUGGUUGCUGUGGCAGAAGACAAGCCGCCACGAAACAUUCUCCCAGCGCACGACACCUGGCAUGGAGGCACCUGGCAAUAGAAACAAACUCAGCCUACGGAAAGUAGAGAAUAUACUCUCAACCUCGAAAAUGAACGAUGUUGUCUUGCUGGGAUUAUUGACGCAGCUAACGGAAGGUCGUUAUUAUUUGGAAGAUCCUACUGGAUCGAUUCCGAUCGACAUAAGCACGGCAACCUACUCGCCAGGACUGUUUUGUGAGGGAUGUUUCUUGCUUGCGUACGGUAAAUAUCGCGACGGUGUAUUGAAAGUAGAGGAGAUUGGAUUUCCAAUGCCGGAGCUUGCUACUAACAGUAGAGCGUUCUUUGGAACCGUGAACAGUUGGGGUGGUCCCUCAAAAACGCUUCUGAAAUACUCUCGCAAUCUAAACGAUUUGGAGAAAGCCAAUGUGGAGCACAGUCUUGUGUUUCUGUCCGAUUGUUGGCUGGACAAUCCGAUCGUGAUGGAAAAGUUGGAACAAUUGCUGAGAGGAUACGAUGAUUUCCCCCCGGUAGCGAUAGUACUUAUGGGACCGUUCGCAAGAAGCAUCGAGAAUGUCUACACACUAAAAGGUCACUUUAUAAAGCUCGGUGAAAUAUUGUCCAGUUGUGAGAAGCUAAAAUCGCAAACCGAUUUAGUUAUUGUGCCUUCCAUUGAUGAUCCCGCAGCUGCGAAUAUCUUACCUCGACCUCCUGUACCAGAAGCUUUAGCAGGAGAGCUGAAAAAACGAUUCCCUAGAACUAUUUUGACCACAAAUCCGUGCCGGUUGCAAUACUGUACUCAGCAAAUUGUUGUGUGUCGUGCCGAUUUGGUAACCAAAUUGUGUCGGAAUACGAUACAUUUUCCCAAAGAAGGACUAUUGGAAGAGCAUUUUGCCCGGACAAUUAUUAAUCAGAAUACGUUAGCGCCUUUAACACCGAUUGCGUUUCCUACACACUGGAAUUAUGAUGCUGCCCUCUCUCUCUAUCCGUUACCUGAUUUAAUCGUUAUAGGGGAUCCAUGUCAAGGCUUUCAUACAACUGAACAGGAGUGCACUGUUAUGAAUGUAGGAUCCUUUCCGAAAUCAAAAUAUGCAUUUAAGGUGUAUUAUCCCUCUAGCAGAACAGUUGAAGAUUCGCAAAUACCUGAUGAGGAGUAAACAAAUAUUUAAGUACACAGAACAAUCGCGAAUAAAUGUAAAAAUUACUUUUAAACAAGUUUUUAAUAUUGAGUUAUGUACACAUGCGCUACGCGCUAUGAUACAGGUGCUGAGUAAGAAAACGGUCGCAAGCGAGCCAUCGAUGUUACUCCACGCGCGGAGUCAGGUUCCAACGGGAACUCCACUGGAAGCAGGUUCCCACGACCAGGUGUGGUGUCGUAUGCUCAGACGGACCGAGGCAACAUGAUCAUCAUAAACGUGGACGACAACGUGACCGGCAAACCUGGCAGCACCGAAAACACCAGCCUAGCUAAAUACCACCGAAUCCAGAAGUUAGCUUUAGUCUUAGUUUAGCAGUUCGCAAAUAAAGAUCCCCAGUAAUGUUUUUUUAAAACUUACUCCGGGCUAUCGUAAACAUAAUUAUUGCUUUAUUGUUGUUUUGCGAUUUGGGCAUCAGUAUACCAGAGCUACCAUUCAAUGCAUUUUUUAUAUCAGUGUAACAUUGUUUACAGCAGAAGUAGGACUUAUGGACAUGGACCACAUAGGCGGAAUAGUUAAUUAGUCGUGCAUUAUUUUAAACUUUGCAACCAUGGUUAUAAUACUCACUGUCGUCACUGUGGACGUUGACUGACGACAGCGCAACUGCCUCGGCAAGUACUGGGGUCGGUAAGGUUGCCAACAACAUUCGGUGUCUUUUAUUUGGACUAGAACGUCUUAGAACAAUGAUGAAGAAUUUAUACAUAGGCUUGUUUGCGGGUCUCAAAAAGAUAUUUUUAGAUCCUUAGAUGUAGGGUAUUAAGACCCAGGCUAUUUUAAGCACGGUUCGAUAAAUUUUGGAUCAAAUGAUCGUCGGAUUAAAAUGGUUAUUGGUUUACUGGCUCCCACAAGGCCGAACUGUAUCGAUUAUGAACACUAGACCGUCUCCCUGAAGCAAAGUCCUUCUUUCCGUAUGCGUGGACAUAUUAUAUAAGUCUCUGAAGCCUAUAUAGGCUGGUAUGACCGCGUAGGUUGUUACGGCAAAAAGAAAAACAAGAAGACGAAGUUUAUGGCAUCUUAGGAAGAAAUGUCGCUUUUGGAUUAAGUUUAUAUACGAUUAGUCCGGUCUCGUCGUACAGACAUCAACUCGCAAGACUUGAUAAUGGGUUGCGUCAUGGGUCUCUCUCUCUCUCUAGCUCUCUAGUUGGCCUGCUCACGAUAGAGCACGUCGAUGUGACAUGGCCCGGUUAACAAUAAUUUUCCAGGAUGUUCGGUCACUGUCUGCAGCCUCCCAUCCAUGUAGACACCUGAUCCAGCCAUCGAGUUCGUUGUGAUCCCCUUCGCCUUAUGCUGCACUGAGGAUCGCUGUCGAACACCUCUUGGUGGGGUAUGAGUCCGGCAUCCUCAUGACAUGCCCCAACUAUCGUAUCCUUCGCCACCGUCAGGAUGCUCAGUUCACCGUACAGCUCAGCAAGCUCGUGGUUCAUCCUUCUACUCCACGCUCCAUGUUCGAACACCGCCAAAAAUGGGAACACCGGAGGAUACGUCGCUCAAACACGCCCAGAGCGUUUGCAUCCUCCGCUCGGAUGGUCCAGGACUUGUGUCCGUAGAGGACCACCGGGCGAAUCGAUGUGCAAUAUAUCUCACAUUUCGUGCGGGCUCGAAGUCUUCUGGAUCUCAGCAGCCGGUGAUGCCCAUAGCAUGCACAAUUCCCCUGAACAAUGCAUCUCCGGAUUUCGCUGCUGAUGUCGUUGUCCGAAGUAACGACCGUCCCGAGAUAGCAGAACUCCUGUAAUACCUCGAGAUUGUCGCCGUCAUCUAAUACACUGCUUCCCAGAUGGUCUGAGUCUCCGGCAAGCAGGUACUUCGUCUUCGUCGCAUUGAUUCUCAAUCCAAUUCUUGCUGCUUCGCGUUUGAGUCGAGUGUACGCCUCACACACCUUCGCUGUUGUCCUGCCGAUGAUGUCGAUGUCAUCCGCGAAGGAGUUGCUGAUUUAUGGUGUAGGGGGCCGUAAGCGGUAAAAGGAGUUGAGGCCCCUUGUUGGUGUCAGGGGGAUAUUGCAUUUGGCUUUGAUUCAAACUCACCGUAAUGGCUUGCUGGCGGGGAGAUGCUCCAGAUCCCUCGACUACUGGGCCCCUAAGGUUUAUUUAUUUAUUUAUUUAUUAAACAAUUUAAUUUAUUUAUUUAGCUAAUCAACACAUAAUCCCUAACUUAUUCCCCUAACAUGUGCCUCAAUCCUGUGUCGCCAAAAUUGGAAAUUAAUAAAAUAUUUUCUUUAAAGGCUUUGGUCGUUUAAUUAAAAUCAAACUGAUUAGACCAUGUAUUGAAUUGCCUUGUCAUAGCUAGUAACAGUUCAUUGUAUCCAUAUAAGGAACGCUUGCUCCCACCAACAAGCAAGUUACGAGAGCGAAGAGGUCUCGAAGGCACGUAGUUGCUGCUCUUCUCAAAUAAACAACGUCUAAUUCGUUUAUUUUUUUAUUUUUUAGCAACAAAUACUCAUUGGUUUACCUUAAAACGGUAUUCGAGCGUCUGUAGACCAAGCAGAAGGCAACGCGAGCGAUAACUUGGCAAGGUUGUAGUUCCUCUGAAUUGAUGGCAUUUUAAAGCAAGUCUUGUAAACUUCCGUUGUAUUGCCUCUCUAUUGUGUAAAUCAUCGUAGUGCAAUGCGGGAACCGAAGUACUGACCAGUACUUCACCCACCAGCGCGCAAGACAAGUAAACAACGACCUAGAUCACCAACUUCCUGAUGACGAUCUAACACAUUGCCUAACAACGAAUAAUUAUGCCUGAUCGUUUUUUCAAGUCUAUGAAAUGAUAUAAUAAAACAAUUAUCAAGGGCUCUAGAUCAUUUUUAGACAUAAAGUACCAAAUACCAAGUAUGAGCCUCUUUGUCCUAUGAGACUAAUGUACACACUGUUGUGUACCGCCCUGUCGAUUUUACCCCCAUUGGCCACACUACUAUUGGAGACAUUUUAUACAGUCGAGUUACGCGACACUCGAGUUACACAAAUUCGAGUUACGCGAAUUUUUAUUUUUGACAGUUCAGUUGUCAAAUUAGUACAAAUCUCCAUAAAAUGUCAAAUGAAAAAUUAUUUACAACAUUUUCAAAAGUUUUUAAUUACUAAAAACACAGAACUAACCUAAUUUUCUUCACCAAUUUCAUCAAAUAAGUUAUAAAUUACAUGAAUGAACUAAACUCAAUCAAAAAUUAUUAUCCAUCGAAUAUAUUUUGGCUGUAAAACGUGAUAUUCGACUUACGCGAAAAUCUGAGUUAUGCGAAUGUCUCCGAAAUGCAUUAUUCGCUUAACUCUGGGAGAGACUGUACUAUAUAGUUUAAUAUAAAAACUACGCACUUUGAUACAUAACUAAUCAAUACUGUUUAUAAAACAACACUAUUGACACGGAAACUGCAUUUUGUUGAAUAAUCGCCACAAUUGUCCGGCUUAUGAGCCCACAGUGAAAAAACCCGGAGUUAUUUAAAGAUAGUGCAAGCUAUAUUAGUUAUUUUACCAAUGUUGAAUGUUUUCAUGUUUCAAAUGUUUAAAUUCAAAUGUUGAAUGUUUUCAAAUUAUAAUACCAAUUUUGUGCCGUUUUAUUCAUUCAACAGUCAUGGAUUUAUAUAAUUAACUAUUGUUAGGUAAACUUAUAAACGCUGGAUGACUUACAGGGUUUCAAAUCAUAUAAUGGACUAUUUGAGGUAAUCGGUGGAAUGUUUCAGAUAGUUAGAAAAUGUUUGCAAAGUUGCUAUGAAGGUUUGCGGGCAUAUAAGGGAAUAUUUUAAAUCAUCAAGAGAAGUUUUUAAAACAGCUAUGGAGUUUUGCAUCCAGUUAUGAAGUGCUCGGUUGUACACUGUAGAAAUUAAACUUAGAUAGUUUUUUUUAAAGAACCGGGUGAUGAUUUCUGCAUUUGGGGUGAUUAAACGCAUGUGCACGCUCGAGACUAUUCUCCUUUUAAAUACUCACGAUCGUUAAUCGACACUUCGCUAAUCCGCACUUUGGCUAUGUAAUUCAUCAGAUGAAACAGUGUUCGCUUAAAGUAGUGAAAUAUUUUUUAAAUGAUAAGUAGAUGACCGCUAACUGGAUGUGUUGUAACUGGAGUGUUUUUUAACUGGAGGUUCGUUAACUGGAGUGAUUCUCAGUUAACGAACACUUAAACAAAACAAAAUAUGAAACAUCCGAAAUCUCAAGAAGAGAAAUUUGUCGCAAAUGUGCAUUUUUCACACAAAUUUAGGGUCUUUUACCUACGUUUGCUAUUAAUUUAUGCCAUUACACGAAUUACUAUACUUUAUAUCAACAUAUAUGAAAAAAAAAAUGGUAUGUUUAUUCCAGUCAACGUGAAUCAAAACAAUCAAUCCAUAGGAACGUCACUCCAGUUAGCGAACGUUGUUCGUUAACUGGAGCUUGUUUACCUAAAAGCAACACUAUAUCAAAUAAAGUACAAUCUCUUCUCGAGUAGUACUGAGUUGACAGACAUAUUGUUUAAUGCAAAAUAUGUUACCUUUUUGCAACCAUUUUUAAAUAAUUCAAAGAGCAAAGAUAAUCAAAUUUGCUCUUACGAAACCUAUAAAAUAAAUAAUAAGAGUCUAAAAACCAUCAUAUUUAUUCAAAAAUACUAGUACAUUAAAUCCAUUUUUCAGAAAAUCGUGAUAACCGCGACAAAUACAACUAAGUUGAGUAGUGUUUUACUUAAACUAGGGGAAUAUUUCUGUUUGAUAGCUUGUUUCUUAAAACCCCUCGAUGAGCUAAGAAAUAUAAUAUCUCGUUAAAAAAAAAGAUUAGCCAUUUUUACACUCUUUAUGAACCGAUCCCAACGAGAGACAAACUCCAAAUUCUUAUAAAAUACAUGUUCCAUGGUUGUAGCUUCUUUGCAGAUGCGAGGCACUUGUUCAAACAAAUGAAAUGCAUACGUUAUAUGUGCCACGUAAAGUGUAAUGUUCGGCUAUAGGAACAAAAUGCAAUGUCUUUCGUCUUUUAAUGUAACACUUUAAUUAUCACGUGUAUCAUUUUUUAUUGAUAAUAAACUAUUUUAUGUAAUUGUUUGAUAAUUAAAAAAUAAACCAAAGUUUAUUUUUUCUAUUUAAAAGACUUAUCAUCAUUUUUAUACAACAUUUGCUUUUGUAUCGAGACUACAGAAAUUAAAAAAAUAUAUACCGGCACUGUUCUGCAUAUGUCAUUCACACGAUGUGGAUUCAGAUUGUUUGUGUCUACUCAAUUUAAUCAGGUGGAAUAUUGCUGAAGUUGGUGAAAAUUCGCAGAAAUGCGUUGUAUUUGUUGAAGCCAUAAAGUGCUGUUUUGUGUGGGCUGGCUAACUGAAAUCUAUUCAAAGUAUAAAACACCUUCAAUUCGAACAAUAGCACGUGUGUGUAGUACACGAGCAAGAUUACUUGAAUAGAUUAAACAUCACAAAAAAGGAAUUGGAAAUGAAUUUUUUUUCCUUCUUCUUCGCUGCGACGACCUUGGCAUCGCUGGUAUUCUUCGCCGUAGAAACCAAAGCAGAUAUGAUUUGUGGAGAAAUUCUACCUUCUGCAGGUGCAAUCAUCUGUCCAUUGAAGUGCGUUGAUUUAAAAUUCAAAGGAGGCCAAUGUUUAAACGGCAACUGCGUUUGUUCUUAAGUGUGAUUAUAGUGCAUUGACAGUGACAAUAAAAGAAUUAAGUUAUUAUAAAUAAAUAGUAGAUUUUUGUGCGUUCUACCAUUAAAAUAUAAUAUUUACAUAAUUUAUCAUUAUAAGUUUACUAAUUUAUAAAUAUGCCUAAUUAGAUACAAACUACCGACUAUCAGAUCAAUAUAUCAAAAUGGUUUUUAGAUGAUAUAGUAAAAUAAACAACAUUUCAUAUACAUGCAUGAUGCAGAUGCAUCAACUAUCAACUAUCAACAUGCAUAACAACUGGCUUGUUAUGCACGUAAACGAGCUUUUACAAUACAAAAAUCAAUGUUUACAACACCUAUUUAUCCAGUUAUGGGAAAACGAAAAAGUCUUACGGCCACUUUCUCAAACUCCAUAGGAGAGGAACGAUAGUUGCAAUUGCCUGGAUACAACAGUUGCUUUAAUAUAUUUUGUGAGUACUCUGUGCAGUUAUGCGUACAAUUAAGCAACAUGUUCAAAAACAUCCACAGAAACCUCCUUUAGGACAUUUUAACAAUCGCUUCCAUCCGAAUUCGAUCGAGUUUUGGAAAGUGGCUGUUAGAUAUCAAAGUCAGUGGUGCCUUAUGGCAGCCUUAGAUCGAUUAUGAUUAUUGUACCAAUCAAGAAAAAAACCGAGUAAGUUAAAAAAGAUCAUCAAUUGAUUUGGGAUUUCUAUGACUCUUCCAUGACGUGACGGAUUUCUAAGUGUGAUGGAAAACGUUGUAAAACGUGUACAAAAAUAUUAUUCAUUCUACAUCGCAUGCUGUAUGAUUAAUUUUGGCAACUUUGUUACACAUUUUUAGAGCAGCCAAAAUUGAAUUUUAUAAUAAAUAUAAAAAAUAUCUCAUAGUAAACAUUCUAUUAACAAUAUUUAGUAGUGUAAUAAAAACGUGUUUAAUUUAAAAACGUUUAAAUAAAAACGUGAAUUUUAAUUUUCAGCAUUUAAUUUAGCAUUUGAGAUUUCAUCAAUCAGAUUCAUCCAACUAAACGUAUCAAAAGACAUUGCACAGUCUAUCAGCCACUUUCCCAAACUCGAUCGAAGCGGGAACAAUCGAUGCGGUUGUCAAAAAUGAUAUAAAAUGUUGGUUUUCUUGGAUGUUUUUAGAACAUUAUGCCAUAUUGUAGGCAUUACAGGACAGUGAUGAAAUAAAUUAAAGCAAUCGUUGUAUCUAGGGUCGGUCUGGUGGUACAGUCGUCAACUCGUACGACUUAACAACAUGCCUGUCAUGGGUUCAAACCUCGAAUGGACCGUGCCCCAAUACGUAGGACUGACUACAUGACCAAAAUAUACAAAUCAAUCAACAAAAAAAGUGUAAGGUUAUAAAUAUUAUACAAAUUAGACAAUUUUGUAUUUUUAAAAAAGUAUUUGAAUCAAACAUAAUGGUUUAUGCUGAUUUAAACAUUUUUUUGGAACAGUAAGUAUCAUGCUGGCAGGGCGUUUAAGACCGUUGAGGCCAGCAAAAAAGUUUGGAAUUGCUCGAUGAAGCUUCUUUACUGAAAGAAGAAGAUGUAUUUAAAAUAGGUUAAAUUUAUUUAAUUUUUGGCUAUGCUUUAUUUUAAUUUAAUAACGCAUAUAACUUUAUAAAACACUUGAGGAAACAAAAUAAUAAAAAUUCUUGAAUUUUAACUAUAAAAUGAAAUUACUUUAAAUUGUUCACCUGAAUUUGUUGUUGGGUCUUUUUAUACAAAUCUACGUAAUAUGGCAACAGAGUUAACAUUUUCCUCCUGACACGUAAAAUUGGACAGUCGCUAAACAACGAAAAUAUCUGUUUGCGCAUGGUACUGAUAACACUUUUGUAAAAUCGGCUUGUCGUAUGAUCCAUUUGCAGAGAUUUAGAAAAUCUAGAAUAUUCCUGUAAUUAAACAGCUGUUUUGCGCAUCAGUUUCAUUAAGUGUUUGAACAAAUGGUUUGGCGUUUACAGGGACUUCGGGGAAGGUCUCCAAAACAUGAGCAAUUCAUUACCCUGUCUCCGACCAUAUAAAAGGGAGAUUUCGGUUGUCGUGCAGCAUUUGCAAGGAAAGUAAAGCCAGAAGUAGUGCUUCAAGAUGAAAUUCACUUUCGCAUUCUUGUUCGCUUUCCUCGCUCUGUGCUCGCUGUUCGGAGCUGGAUUCAGUGCCGAUGUCUGCAGUAGCAAAAAUCCGAAGGCCGCUGCUAAGGCUUGUGUACAGCGGUGCCAUGCCAAGGACUUCGAUGAAGGAAAGUGCGUCAAAGAUACAUGCGUGUGCAGCAAGGCUCGUGCAAACUAACAAAGCCCAAGUGUAACACAAGACAGGACAAUAGAACCAAUUAAAAUGCAAUAAACAAUAAAACUAUUUUCUCUGGCAACAAAAAA